ACAGCUCCUCAUCGACGGUGGGUCAACAUGAACGCUCUGACUGUGAUUUCCGUGGCGGCCCUUGUGGCAAGCGGCAGUGCUGCUGUGAUUCCUUAUAACGGCGUAUAUGGAGGCUACCACGGCCUUCUUGGCGCCUACCCUUAUGCAGGAUAUUCUGGUCUGCACCCUUACUCAUAUGCAGGUGUCCUUCCUGCAGCUGCUCCUCUCACCCUCAAAACACCUGUAGUUAAGACCGUCGCUCCUGCACCUGUCACAUACAACGUCGCUGCCGCUCCUCUUGCUUACAACGUAGCUCCCUUCGCACCUGUAGCACCUAUCCAGUCUCAGUACCACGCUCAGGAUGAGAUCGGUCAGUACUCCUUCGGUUACGCCGGCGGUCCUUCUUCACGCGCUGAGUCUCGCGACGCCUUCGGUGUUGUCCGUGGUUCAUACAACUACGUGGACUCUGAGGGAAAGGUUCAGACUCAGCACUACGUCGCCGACGCCCUUGGCUUCCGCGUGUCCGGUACCAACCUUCCCGUUGCUCCCGACGCCCCCGAGGCCGCCCCUCUGGCCGCCCUUCCCGGCCCCAUCCCCGAACCCGUCCAGGACACCCCUGAGGUAGCCGCCGCCAAGGUUGCCCAUCAACAGGCCUACGACGAAGCCGCCGCCGCCGCUGCUGCUGCCCCCGACACCCAGUAAGAAUUCUGAACUGGAGAAAACACAGUGAUAUGUUCUACAGUACAUGGUGUGUAGAGCACUCGAGACCAAGUUCGCCAACAUCCGAGACCUUGCUUUGGACCGUGUGUUGACCACCAUAACUUGUACAUAUGUAAGGAGCGCAUUCCUUUCCAUGAAAAGAAGAGCUUUAUUAAAGUCCAAAAGAAUAAAUAAUAUUUGUA